AAGGAGCUGAGUCUGGUCAGGCGGGGGAACAGAGUGCCUGGCCAGAGGAAGAGCUUUAUAGCCACAACUUCCCCGACUCUGCCACGAUGCCACUCUCCACUAAGUCAAAGUAGUCCUAUGGAAUCCCCAAGGAACAUGUCUCCUCUACAACACUUUGCCUUCGCUCCUGUCAAGAGUAGAGAUGGGCGCAGGUGGUCUGUCGCUUCACUUCCCUCUUCAGGAUACGGCACAACUCCUGGAUCGUCAAAUGUUUCUUCCCAGUGUUCCAGCCAAGAGCGUCUCCACCAGAUUGGGGGAGGAGGAGCAGGUGGUGCGGGUAGUGGUGCCAUGGGCCCUGGGAACCUCUCCAAUACAAGCUCUCCAGCCGUGGAGGAAGUUCGACACUCCCAUAUCCGCCACUUCUCCUCAGGGGAAAGCAACCCCUCAAUCGACGAUGAUGGAAGGCGCUCCCCGAUGAACAGACCUCGUUCCCGAUCCCUUAGUCUGGCCUGGCUGUGCAUCUCCACACUUGAUAGUCCGAUUCGAUCACCAGUGAUUGACAACGAGAUUAUCAUGAUGAACACUCUGUACAAAGAACGCUUUCCUAAGGCCACGCAACAGAUGGAGGAGAGACUGAACACCUUCAUCGAGGAUAACAAGAACCUGGAGGAACAAGGAAGCUCAGACAUUGCCCAAGAUGCUGUUGCGAUUGCACGCUUCGUCCACCACCAGGUCCUGGAAAUGGCAAAGGACUGUCUGGAGAAGUCGCAGCAGAAGCUUAUCACAAGCCGAUAUUUUUAUGAGCUCUCAGAGAACCUAGAGAAGCUCUUGUGUGAGACAAGAGACAAGUCUCCAGAUGCUGCGGCACACCUGACCUCCCUGAUCAAGAAGCUGCUCCUGAUCGUGUCAAGGCCAGCCCGACUCUUGGAAUGUCUCGAGUUUGACCCCGAAGAGUUCUACCACUUGCUUGAGCAGGCUGAGGGUCAAGCCAGGACCAGCCAGGGCAUCAAGACAGACAUUCCUCAGUAUAUUAUCACAAAGCUUGGCCUUAACCGAGACCCCUUAGCUGAACUCAGCGAUGAUUUAGCUGGGGACGGAGAUGCCGAGGACAGUGCUGGUAGUGGCACAAGCACCUCAGGAGUGAGUGGGGGAGCCCAACCUAAGGUCCCCAGCUCGGAGUACUCCCCUGAACAGUCUUCCACGCACUCGACUACUCCGCCUUCCAAAAGCACCCCUAAAGAAGAGGACUAUGAGAAUGUAAAGCUCAUCUCGAAUGGGGCGUAUGGAGCAGUGUAUUUAGUGCGCCACAAGUUAAGCAAGGAGCGGUUUGCCAUGAAGAAAAUCAGCAAGCACAAUCUCAUGCUGAGGAAUCAGGUGGAACAGGUAUUCAAUGAACGUGAUAUUAUGAGCUUCACUGACAACCCCUUUGUGGUGUCGAUGAUCUGUAGUUUUGAAACCAAGCGGCACCUCUGUCUUGUGAUGGAGUAUGUCGAAGGUGGAGACUGUGCCACUCUGCUGAAGGCUAUGGGGCCCUUCCCACCAGACAUGGCACGCUUCUACUUUGCUGAGACAGUUCUGGCUGUUGAAUAUUUGCAUAGCUACGGCAUUGUACAUAGGGAUCUUAAACCUGAUAACCUGUUGAUCACUGCCUUGGGACACAUCAAGCUGACUGACUUCGGUCUGAGUAAGAUGGGAUUGAUGUCGCUGGCCACCAAUUUGUAUGAAGGAUACAUUGACAAGGAGACUCGUCAGUUCUCUGAUAAGCAGGUGUUUGGAACACCUGAAUAUAUUGCACCAGAAGUAAUUUUGAGACAAGGAUAUGGCAAACCUGUUGAUUGGUGGGCCAUGGGAGUGAUUCUGUAUGAGUUCCUCAUUGGAUGCGUACCCUUCUUUGGUGAAACACCAGAGGAGCUCUUCGCUCACACAGUCAACGAUGAUAUAGAAUGGCCGAGUGAGGAUGACUGGCCUGUGGCAGAGGAUGCUAAGGAUCUUAUCACAGCCUUGCUUCACCAUUCACCACUGGAUCGGCUAGGGACAGUGGCAGGUGCCGUGGAAGUCAAGGAACAUCCUUUCUUCAUCACAAUUGACUGGGACUCUCUUCUGAGAAUGAAGGCUGAGUUUGUACCUCAGCUUGACCAUGAAGAAGAUACUAGCUAUUUUGACACCCGACUUGACCGGUACAACCACGAACUGGAAGAAGACAGUGAAGAAGGUGGAGAACCAGAGGGAGGAACAUUCCCCUCCUUCUCCUCUUACUCACCCAGAUACCACAAAAUUACUUCCUCACACUCAACAGAUACUGGGCAGCUGGAUACUAGUUUCCAGGGAGAGACCUCGGGUGAAGGAGGAGCCGAGGGUGAAGCAGGACAGAGCAGUGUUUCCCGAGGAGAUUCGGGCCACAGCGAUCAGUCAGAGUCAUCACGCUCAACGUUGGAGUCAUCAACCAACACUCCUGACACAGAAAAUCAUGACCUGCCUGCUACUCCUGAUGUGAUCAAGAGCAAACUGGAGGGUGGUCCUGUUUGCCAGAGCACACCUGAGUCUUCACAAACAGAGAGUGAGGACGUCUCGCCACAAGUCCAGAGGAGACGGAGGUUGCACUCCCACAGUCGCGAUUCCCUCCCGCGCUUCUCCAUAUCUGGAGAGGAAGAGUGGCUCAGCAUGGAGGGAGGGAGCUUGCGUGAGCUCUCCCCAGUCGAUGAGAAGCCUGGAGCAUCUGAGAGACUGCCGAUGCCAAGGGUCAACAUCCCUCCGUCAUCACCCGCCUUCAAACAUAGGUCACGGCCCGUCAUCAAGAGUGCUUCUGCGACUGGAUUAUCCUUGAUGAUUCCUUCCGAAGAUUGUAUGCCUCAGCCAGUUCAGUCACCUGGAGGAUCAAGCACUGCCUCUUCCCGUGACGCCUCACCCUCAAGAGAGAUUUCCCCGCUCGUCAACUCUCUCAAACCUCCAACAAUCAUCCGCCGAGGCCCCCAGGGCUUUGGUUUCACUAUCCGAGCCAUUAGGGUUUACUUUGGGGAUUCAGACUAUUACACUGUUCAUCAUCUUGUCAUGGAUGUUGACCAGCGUAGCCCUGCAUUUGAAGCUGGCCUACGUCCAGGUGACCUCAUCACCCACAUCAACAGUGAGCCAAUCCAGGGGAUGUUCCACACUCAGGUGGUGACACUUCUGAUGAGUUCAUCAGAUCAUGUCUCAUUAAGGUCCAUGCCCCUUGAUCAGACUUCGAUCAGAACUGUAGGUGGAAGGAAGAGACACCCCGGAGCGUCGAAGCUGGCCAAACGGUUGCCAGCUAGACACAGGAGGCCCAAAAAAGACUCCGAGAAGAGACGGAAGACCUCACUCCUAAGGAAAGUCUCCAACAAACGCGUCUCUGCUGAAAUUCAACAGCUGACUACUCCACAGUCGGCUCCUGUUUUAUCUCCUGAUUUUGUGCCUCAGUUCUCAACCACCUUGCUUACACAAAAGCUGGGAAUAAUAUCAGCUUGCUGCUUCAGCAUCGCCACCAUGUUAACACCAAGCCGCAGCUUCCAGUCAUUAAAUCGCUCAGUGUCAUCUCAGGAUAGCAUCCCCAACUCCCCAACGCACUGCAAAUCCCCACACUCCCCACCAACGGCCAGGCUUUUCUCUGGGACUGGGGAGCAGGUUCAGUCUCCAAUCAAUUCCUCUGGGUCUUCAUCUCCAACUUCUUCUGUGCCCAACUCGCCCGCAGGGUCAUCAACACUCCACCAGCGGCCAUCGUCCCUGCAUGUCAUCAACCACAAAGUAACCAAUGUGAAAAGCUUCCGGUCCCCCAAUAGGCGGAAAUCCGUUGGCCAUAUUCCUUUGUCUCCUCUGGCUCGCACACCAUCCCCUUCCCCUUUACCAGCUUCUCCUACAAGGUCCCCAUCUCCCCUUAUUUGUCCAGGCUCCUCAAACACUACCCAGAGCUAUUCCCCAGGCUCAUCCCUCACACCUGGACCAGCCACCAAAAAGUGUUUGGGGAGACCUAAGAGCGCAGAGCCAGGCUCACCGCUCUUGCGCAGAGCUCUUUCACCAGAUCGACUUCAUCCCAGGUCAGCUGAGUCCAAGGGCACGCCAACCAUUAGCCCACUUGCUACCCCCUCCCCCAAGAUGGUAAGUAAUCCUCCGAGGGUAACAGUAACUUCUCAGUCCCCUCCAAAUUACGAUACUCCAAGUGUGGUCAGGUCUGCAGCACCCACACUGCUUACUCAGCGCUUUAGCAGUGCAGUAAGCAUGCCUCCUGCAUUGCCCACCAGCACACUGGAAGAGGCACCAGAAGAAUUGGAUUCCCCAGAAUGUCCAGAAAUGCCACAAACAAAUUUUUGUGAAGGCCCCCAGGGAGGCAGAGGAUCACUGCCAGGGACCAACAGUGCUGGUUGUGGGGGCAUAUCAGCUUCAGGGAGUGUCUCCAGCAAAGAGGGUUCUCAGGCAAGCAUAACCACACAAAGUAAGCAUGGGCCAUGUUGUGCAAUUGAAAGGAAAGGUAGUAAGGGCCAAGCAGAUGCCAAGGAAAAGGCUCGCAGUGAUAGCCGUGGCCGCAGAGAGUCCAGAGAUUUACGUGGUAGAGAGGAGGAGAGGAGAGAUCCUCGAGACUUGCGUGGCAGAGAAGAGGAAAGGCGAGAUCCGCGGGACUUGCGCUCCAGAGAAGAAGAAAAACGAGACUGCAGAGACUUCCGCAGCAGAGAGGAAGAGAGCAAAAAAGACUCCAGAGACCAACGCAGUAGAGAAGAAGACAAGAGAGACCCUCGACGCACAGCACAGGAGAAGAGGGAACUGUUUAAGGCUGGGAAGGAGAAAGAGGGUACCUCCUAGGGUUGGCCCUCCGCUGGCCUGCCCACAGCUCCUAGUGGCACUCAGUCGUGCCUCCAACACUUAUGCGUGUUCUGGGCAGGACCGCGGCAUGCCCUCUGUGAAAAGAAGCAAGGAGACACUUGAAGCCUGUGA